GUUUUCCCGUAUAGAUGGUGAUGAUAUCAACACGUUAGACGACGCCGGUAGUAUACCUCAUGCAAAUUGCGAUUCGAUUUCGUUAUUACCGUUUAUAAACAAUCAUGGGAGAGGAUAUACAGAAACAUUCAGUGCAUACGCUAGUGUUUCGUUCAUUGAAGAGAACCCACGACAUGUUUCUGUCAGAAGAAGGUGGUCUACCUCCUCUCGACCCCAAAGCAGUGUCUGCGUGGAGGUCAUCAAAAGCUAAAGACACAUAUGGCCCCAUUGUAGAGCUGGUCACGAAACAACAGGAGAUAGCUAGAAAGACUGGUCUUCCAACAAAUUACCCUGGAGGACCUCUUGCAUUAACAAACAAAUCAGAGCAAGAUGGAGAGGCAACCCAAUCAUUGGCUCUUAUACCUUCUGGAACUCCUAGCCACCAGUUGCCACAAGCUUCUGCAAAUAUAUCAGCCGUUGGAAUCCCAGGUUAUGCCACAGGUGGCCCGACGAACAACAGCACACAGUCACUGGUUACCCGUAAAGCUCCUACUAUGCCUAAGCCACAGUGGCAUCCACCCUGGAAACUCUGUCGAGUUAUCAGUGGCCACAUUGGUUGGGUAAGAUGUGUUGCUGUUGACCCCACUAAUGAAUGGUUUUGCACAGGAUCUGCAGACAGAGUUAUUAAGAUUUGGGAUUUAGCUACUGGUAAACUAAAACUUUCCCUAACGGGUCACGUUAGUACCGUCCGUGCCCUUCAAGUCAGCCCUAGACAUCCCUACCUCUUCAGUGCCGGUGAAGAUCGGCAGGUGAAAUGCUGGGAUCUUGAAUACAACAAAGUUAUUCGACAUUAUCACGGCCACUUAAGCGCUGUCUACAGUAUGGCCCUGCAUCCGACAAUUGAUGUUCUAGUAACUUGCGGUCGUGAUUCAACUGCCAGGGUUUGGGAUAUGAGAACAAAAGCAAACAUCCACACUCUAACUGGUCAUACCAAUACCGUAGCCUCAGUUGUUUGUCAAGCAGCAGAGCCUCAGAUUAUUACUAGCAGCCAUGAUAGCACUAUUCGACUGUGGGAUUUGGCGGCUGGCAAGUCUAUGGCCACCUUAACGAAUCACAAAAAAAGUGUCCGAGCAGUGGCUAUGCACCCCAACUUGUACAUGUUCGCCUCUGCCUCUCCCGACAACAUAAAGCAGUGGAAGUGUCCGGAAGGCAAAUUCAUUCAGAAUCUUUCGGGUCACAAUGCCAUCCUCAACUGCCUUGCUAUCAAUGCCGACAACGUCAUGGUAUCGGGAGCUGAUAACGGAUCAAUGCAUUUUUGGGAUUUCAAGACUGGCUACAACUUCCAGCGUACUCAGGCUCCUGUGCAACCUGGUUCGAUGGACAGCGAAGCAGGAGUGUUCGCCAUGACAUUCGACCACAGUGGCUCUCGUCUCAUCACGACCGAGGCAGAUAAAACGAUCAAGAUCUAUAAAGAAGACGACGAAGCCAAUGAAGAGACUCACCCCAUCAACUGGAAACCCGACUUGUUGAAACGGCGUCGUUACUGAUCCGUUUUUGUCUGUCCCGUACAAUAAAUUGAUUUUUUAAGCUA